AUGGCGCUGCUCAGAACGGCCUGUCCCCUCACAAGUUGUCUAGCAUUGGUCGCUCGACAGCGAGCUAUAGCUCUGCCGAGAGCUCAGCGACGAUGGCUGCUGCGACAGACACGCUCCCUCGCCACUGUUGCUCCCCACAGUCAUCAUCAAGUUCAGAGGUCCAAACGGUUCAAGGAGCUCAAUGCGAGCGAUGUCGAAGCCUUUCGAUCCAUGCUCUCCAAAUCUGACUCGUCUGUCUUGACAACAAUCGAAGCGAAAGGGGGCAAGACGCUCACUGCAGACGAGCUGACGCCGUUCAAUCACGAUUGGAUGCAAAAGUACAAGGGCGAUUCGAAGCUCGUCCUGAAGCCGAGAAGCACAGAAGAAGUCUCAAAGAUAUUGGCCUAUUGCGUCAAGAACAAGAUUGCAAUGGUGCCUCAAGGUGGCAAUACCGGCCUCGUCGGUGGAUCAGUGCCCAUCUGGGACGAAGUCGUCAUCUCUCUCAGCGGCAUGGAUAAUAUAAGACACUUCGACCCGAUCAGCGGCGUCAUGACUGCAGAUGCAGGCUGCAUAUUACAAGUGCUAGACGACCGUGCCGCCAAGGAGGGCUUCAUGAUGCCCCUCGACCUAGGCGCGAAAGGCUCGUGCCAGAUCGGUGGCAACCUCGCAACGAAUGCGGGCGGGCUCCGAUUGCUCAGGUACGGGAAUCUACACGGUAGCGUCCUCGGCCUAGAGGUCGUAUUGCCGGACGAGCGUGGCACCGUACUCAAAGUAGGCAUGGGCGGUCUCAGAAAGGACAACACUGGCUACGAUCUCAAGCAGCUUUUCAUUGGUUCAGAAGGCACUCUCGGCCUGAUCACCGCCGUCAGCAUCCUUACUCCCAAACGGCCUGCAUCUGUCAACGUAGCGAUGCUAGCAUUGUCAUCAUACGAAGCCGUCCAAAAGGUCUACAUAGAAACACGAUCUCAUCUCGCAGAGAUCCUGUCAGCAUUCGAGUUUGUCGACCAAGAAGCGUUUGAGCUCGUUCUCUCGCACACCGGCACAAAGCGGCCUUUCGAGGGCGGCAAGCCAGACGCUAGACAGUUUUACGUACUCAUCGAGACGAGUGGCAGCAAGAAAGAACAUGACGAUGAGAAACUCACGGGAUUGUUGGAAGAUCUCAUGGAAAAGGAGAUCAUCGUCGACGGCGUACUGGCACAAGACGAAACACAGCUGCAAAGUCUAUGGAGCUUACGCGAAUCGAUUCCCGAAGCAGCAGGCAAGCUCGGCAAGACGUACAAAUUUGACGUGUCGAUGCCAGUUUCAGAGAUGUACGGACUCGUCGAAGCGACUCGACAACGCUUCAAAGAUCAAGGCAUGGCGGACGAGAUUCGGGAAGUCGUCGGGUAUGGUCACAUAGGCGAUGGCAACCUACAUCUCAACGUCGUUGCAAAGCGCUUUGACCAGUCGAUAGAGGACGUCCUCGAGCCUUGGGUAUUCGAAUACGUCUCUCAACGUAAUGGCUCCAUCUCGGCAGAGCACGGCUUAGGCCAGCAAAAGGCGCCUUUCGUGGGCUACUCGCAAGCGCCAGAGUCUAUUGCGACCAUGCGAGCGAUCAAGGCGCUCUUCGACAAGCAAGGCUUGCUGCAGCCUAGCAAGUACUUACCGGCUGCAGACGAAGGCGUCGAAGCCUCGUCAGAGGCGUUUAAGCAAUAG